CUAGCUCCAGGUACGACGACUACAGACAGCAACGAAGGAGAUUGGCAAGAUCUCGAACAAGGAGUGUUGUCCUGGAUCUCUCUUCUUCGACUCUCCCUCACCGUCAUGCCCGACGGUGCGGCAUCAAUCGAGCUCCGUGGUGUCAAUUAAACGCAUCCGAGCCAAGAUCCAAACAACCGCAAGAGGAAAUCGGUGAUAAUCGGAUUCUCCACCGCGGUAUUCACGUUUAUGGUGUCGUCGCUGCUACUCUUUUUCGCGAUGACGAUUAAGAGGAGGCGAAGGAGCGGGGACAAGUUGUCGUCCCCGGAGAAGUCUGUCGUUCUGCUCGCUGACGCCGUGUUGCAGAUAGACCAACUGGAGAGCGAGCUGGAGGAGAGAGUGAGGAGGGCGCAAAGGUUUUGGGAAGACGAAGAGUGGGAGUUUGAUGUUCUGUUGCGGGGAGGAGGGCGCAAUCAAUUUGCAGAUCCCUAAUCUCGAACUUUCGAGACCACUUCCUAAGCUCCGCCUCAGAUCCAAUUUCUAGAAUUUUUGGAUCUAGAUUUGGGGGGAAAGAAGGGGAGAGACUGGAAGAGAGCCUAACAAAAGAGAGGAUUUUUUCUCUAGGAACGAGAAGGGAAUACAGAAUAAAGACUCAA